ACCCAACCCAGAAAAAUAGAAAAAUAAAAAAUAAAAAAAGAAAAAGAAAAGAUUUGGUAGGAAAUUGAACGGUCAGUAGCUCGGCCUCUCCCGCCAGUUGCCUCCAAUGGCAGCUAAGACGUUUAUGGCGAUGCCAUUAACUUCCUCACCUCCACUUCUAUCUACCUCUUCAUCUUCUUCUCAUGCACGUCUCGAGGUGUCGUUUCAUUGCCCUGGGGGGUUUAGGUCAUUGCUCAUGAGAUGGGGCAUUGGAAUGUAUGGAGUGAUGGGUCUGAGACCGUUUUCUUCAACUAGUUUGAAGGAUUUAAACAGAAGGAGAACUUUGAUCUGUGCAGCCAGUCAAGAUGCUGAGGAAGCAUUCAAAAAGACUGUUGAAGUGGAUCGACUGAUAGAUAAGUUGAGGGAUGCAAAUCCAAAAGAACUUCAGAAGCUGGUUGUUGAAAAUGUUUUGGCUUUUAACGAGGGCUUUUGGAUUAGACUAGCUGCACGAGCUGAUACCUGCAAAUCAGAAGAUGAUAAAAAAGAUUAUGAGGAAUUAGCUAUAUCUGUGAUGAGCAUAGUGGAUUGCCUUGUCCACAAGACCAAUGAAAAAAUUGAUUCUGCUACUGAUAUCCUCAAGGGGAUUCUGAACCCUGUAGUUGAUGAAGUAGAGGAAAUUACAUGGCCACCUAGAGAUCCUGAAGCACUUAAACAAAUGGAGAGAGAAGUAAUCCGGAGGGAGCAAGAAGGGCAAUUGGAUGAAGGGUUUCUUGCAGAAGUUAAUGCACAAUUACGACAAGCCAAAGAAGAUGGGGACAAACCGGGAUUGGAGGCCAUGUUGCAGAAGGUCUUGCAACUUUAUGCUUCCAAGGUUCUGUCUAAACGUAGUUAUGCAAAGAAAGGUGAGGAAGUUUUGAAGGCUGAGGAGCUUCUUGAGACCAUAAUAAAAGCUCCUGAGGAAAAAUGGAACAAGCUUUUGAUCAAUGGAAUGACAGUUGGCAAAGGAGAAAUUUCACCAGAAGAUUUCUAUGCUGUAACUAAGAAAAGAAUUGAGCGGACUCUGAUCCGAACGGAAGGCGGUUCUUACCAGCAGCGUAUUCUUACAGAGUAUCUCAAAGGCAUCGAAUCAAGAGCGGAAGAGAUUGUCCAAGUACUUCAGGGCAAGCAACAACAAUAAAGUAAUUCAUGAAUGGAAAUGGAGUUGGUAUAUAAUGCAUUAUUAGCAUGCAAAAUACAACAUGAGAUUUCUCUAUCUUAUUUUUCAGAACCAACAAAUUGGAAUCUCAUUAUAUAUUUCAUGUAUUUCCAAUAUUAGUGUCCUCUAUAUAGUGGCUACUUAAUUAUACUCUGCUAUUUUAUAGCUGGAGAUUAAUUUAUUACACUUCACUGCGUUCUGGAUCUCAGAAA